AUGGAUCAUGUAUUCACACAUUAUGAACAGGAUUUCAACGAGUUGGCAGAUUCGAUUCAUUGCAAUUUGAAUUCAUUGAGCAACCACUCGGUAUCCAAUGACGAAAAGAUUAUAUUGAUCAAUAAGAUAGAGUGUGACUUGGAAGAGGCACAAGAGAUCGUACAACAAUUAGAGUUUAGUGCACAAAACUCUGGUACUAUCACCACUGCAAGACCCAAAAUUGUUGCAUUCAAUAAUAUCAUAAGAGAAAGAACAAAGGAAUUAGAGAGUAUAACAGGUGUCCAAGUUAAGGGUGGUGUUGAAAAGAAAAAGAUUCGUUUCGAUGAAGCAAAUAUCAUUGUAAGAGAAGAUGUUGAUAACUAUGUGGAAGAGGAGGAUUUAGGUGAUUUAAGAGCAAAAGAAGAAUUGUAUUUGGGCAUGGAUAGAAAAGGUUGUAUACCAUUUAUUAAGAGAAAUGCACUAAAAAUAACUGUUAUCACAAUUCUAUCGUUGACCAUUGCUUUCAUUGUUAUUUUCGUCUACACACGAAAGAACAGCAAGAAUCCCGAGAAACCGGUCCACUAA